AUGAGCAUUGAUAUUCUAGGAAUUUUGGAAGUAAGAUGGCCUGAAACUGGAGAUAUAUGGAGUGGAGAUUAUAAAGUUAUAUACUCAGGCACAUCUGUUGAGAACCCUGGAAGGGGAGGAGUUGACAUAAUGUUUAGAAAGGACAUUGGAAAGAAAGUGAAAAGUUACGUGCAGUACAGUGAAAGGAUUAUUCUUGUUAAAAUAGAAACCAAACCAAAAGACACAAUCAUAGUACAAGUUUAUAUGCCAACCUCCAACAGUAAUGAUAGCCAAGUAGAAGAAGUAUACGAACAAAUAGAGAAAGCUAUUGAUACAAUCAAAGGAGAAGAAAAUCUGAUCAUCAUGGGAGACUGGAACGCAAUAGUAGGAGAAGGAAAAGGAGAAAGAAAUAUUAUGGGAAAAUAUGGUCUGGGAAAAAGGAAUGAUCGGGGAGAUAGACUGGUGGAAUUUUGUGCAAAACAUGAUCUGAUAAUAACGAAUACAUGUUUCGAUCAUCACCCAAGGAGAAGGUACACAUGGAAAAUGCCAGGAGAUGUGGGAAGGUAUCAAAUUGAUUUCAUCAUGGUAAAAAAUAGAUUUAAAAACCAAGUCAAAGAUAGUCGGAGUUAUCCUGGUGCGGAUAUAGACAGUGACCACAAUUUGGUCAUGAUGAAAUGCAAUCUCAAUUUUAAAAAAAUUAAAAGGAGAGGAAACACCAAUCGAUGGCAAACUAAUAAACUAAAGGAAGAAAAAGUAAAUGAAAAGUUUAAAGAAUACACAAAUAAAAUAAAAACACAUGAAGAACAGGACAUUAACACCAGGUAG